GCCGUGUCGCGAAUGAAAAACACCGUGGAGGAAAAAAUCGCUGCUGUGAACGCGACCGACGACUGCUUACUGUGCAGCUUUUUUUUUUAUGUGAAAACCAUUGACAACCGAUCGCGAUUGUCUCGCGAUGUCCGUAGUGAUUACAAACGUGCAACUGUUAUCAUUUCGCCGACAGCAGCAGCGAUCACAACAACAACAACAACGACGACGACGACGAUUCGACACCGCGGCGCCGGUAACGAGUAAGAUGGCGGCCGUAUCAAGAGUCGCGCUUCGCUCAGCUCUUGGCGGAUAAUGACGUCGCGACGGCGGUGGUCGGCUGGCAAAUCGACUACGUAUCGACGACGCAAAUUACGCCCGAGAUGCACGCCUGAUGACGAACCCGAGUGCGAGUAUAAUGCCCGUGAAAUAACGAACGCGGUGCCCCAUCGGCGGCAGCCAAGGAAGUGCAGCCACUGCGAGACGCGCCUGCCGCAGAUUCGUCGGCCAUCGCCAAAUCCGGUUCGCUCCCCUUCAAGUUUGAAUUCCGUAACGGUCGUACUCAAGUCUACCCGAUCGGUACUUACUGCGCCGUAUACCCACAACUGGAUCACGAUGGAGGACGCGAACGAGGUCUUGGUUAGCGCGGCCGAAUUCAUAAAAGAUCGCUUGUACUUUGUAACACUAAGAACAACAAUGAAACCAAAAAGUACUCCAAACACUCACUAUUUCUGUAUUGACAAUGAGUUGGUGUAUGAAAAUUUUUAUGCUGAUUUUGGCCCCUUAAAUCUAGCCAUGCUGUAUAGAUACUGCCAAAAGGUUAACAAGAAGUUAAAGGGUAUCGCACUCAGCAAAAAGAAACUUGUACAUUACACAACACUGGAUUCAGAAAAGAGGGUGAAUGCUGCGUUUCUUAUUGGAUGUUAUGCGAUAUUAUACUGCAAACGUACAGCACAAGAAGUUUAUGAAUGUUUGACUAAGAGCCCGAGUAAUCCUGAAUUCAUUAGGUUCCGUGAUGCCUCCAUCGGACCACCGUGUUACCAGAUAUCGUUAAGUGAUUGUCUAAGUGCUAUAUACAAGUGCCAUCGACUUGGUUUCUUUAAUUUCGAAGAUUUCUGUGUGAAGGAAUACGAACAUUACGAAAGAGUCGAGAACGGAGAUUUAAAUUGGAUUGUACCCGGAAAGUUUAUUGCUUUUUGUGGCCCGCACACGAGAUCUAAAGUUGCAGAUGGUUAUCCACUGCAUGGUCCAGAGUCUUAUUUUACGUAUUUCCGCCGUAAUAAUGUAACGACAAUAGUACGGCUUAACAAAAAGAUCUAUGACGCUUCAAGCUUCACUGAUGCAGGCUUCAAUCAUAAAGAUUUAUUUUUUGUGGACGGCUCGACGCCAACGGACUCCAUAAUGCAUCAGUUUCUCAAGAUAGCGGAAAACGCGAGCGGCGCGGUUGCCGUGCAUUGUAAAGCGGGCCUUGGGAGAACAGGUUCUUUGAUUGGUUGCUACAUUAUGAAGCAUUACCAUUUAACAGCUCAUGAGACGAUCGCUUGGAUAAGGAUAUGUAGGCCAGGUUCAGUGAUCGGGCACCAGCAACAAUGGCUGGAAAAGAAAGAAGCGUAUCUUCGUUCGCUGCUGAAGGAUCCAUUGCAACCUGUAAAUGGAAACCCGGUUCACGAGUAUGGAAUAUAUUCGAUAAUUGGUAGACCCAGGACGGCUUCCUGGGGUAAUGUAAAAAGUCUCGUAGAAGACAACGUAUCCGGGAUAAUGCAUCGUGUGGACGGAAUAAAAUUAGAUGACCCCGCCCCGGUGGCCGGAGCCAGUGCCGCAACUAGAUACAGCGCGCUGACUCAAGGCGACAAAUUGUGCAGAAUCAAAGCUAAAAGAAGAGGCAUACCGACGGCUCAAACCUCUCUUAGUACAUCCACAGGGACGUCCACUGUUGUACACCCUUAUUUGGGACCUUUAUUGCAAACCAGGAGUCAAAAGGGAGCGAUUGCUGGUCUAACAGGAAAUAAAGAGAGAGACCCCACCAAGAGGCUCCUAUCACGGUCUACUGCGACGACAGUCGUGAAAAGAAACAGUUGGUUGGUCAGCAAUAGCUGUGAUCCAUCUUCCUGCCGUAUUAGGUCUAAGCCAGCAACACAGAGCCAUAAUAUCAACAACAAUACAACCACCACCACUCCUGUUACAUCUUUAACCGUAUCAAAACCAGUGAGAAGGGCAAAACGUACUUCCUGCAUGGCACAGGCCCAUACUACAAACUCGUCCGCAAAUCAUUCGGUACCGCAGCCGCAACAAGGCAUGAAUAUGAUCCUCAGGUCGGCAGACCGAAUUACUCGCUAUUCACUCAGGCAUGCGCGCACAACAAAAAGUUAUAAAAGUGCAUUUAUCAGAUGACUAACCGAUAUUCCCAGUGGCGUUGGGGAGGACUGUCAGGUAACUGGAGCAUCUCACCAGCGCCGAAGAUCUCAUCGCUUAAACCCCAUCAUUCAAUAAAAGCACUUCACUGAUCUCCAAUCGAUUCUCCUUCAACUUGAACAAGUUUUGUCCAGGCUUUUAUCACCAUCAACGAAGGUCAAACUACAUCUACAGUCAUCAACAUACAUUAUUUAAUAUGGUUUGUCAUAUCUGGAGUCUGAAUGAAGAUCAUAACACGGUGCGUCAGCGAAAGCAGCAGAGUGAGUAAAACUGAUUAAGUUAUAACAGUAUAAAAACUGUUAUUGUACUAGAAUUGUAUAAGCAUUUUUCAUCAUGAUUGUCCAACAUCUCUUAGUAGCUAUCAUUCGCCCCAUGCAAACGUUCGGGCGAGAUGCACCGCAUUUAUUCGCGACUCAUUCAGACUCUAGUCAUAUGUAUACAUCAUGGGAUAUUAAUUUGUUGCAAUACCUAAUAUAUAUCCUAUGCAGCUUCUAAUUGUUCUUCCAUGCUGAAGUUUAUGUGUUGAGUAUCUGCAAUAGGAAAAUUAGACUUUCGUUAAUCAUCUUUUCAUUAUAAUAUUUUGCUGCUCAGAAAAAGCAUUGCAAAUAUAUUUUUUUUUUUUUCAAAUCAUAUUGAUUUGCACAUAAUUUUGCAGUAAUAUGUUUUUAAAUUUCGCUGAAGGAUUUAUUUAAUGCUCAUGUAUUUGUUUCAAAGUUUAAUGAACUUAUAUUUUGCGAUGAUACAACUCAAAAUACACUCCUUCGUGUCUAUACCUUUAUCUAUUAAAAUGAAAUUUUUGUGAGUAAUUAAGCUGAUUACCUUCAUUAUUCUAAAAGAAUGAUAAGCAAUGGUUCCCCUACCAUCGCAGCUACAAUAAUUAAUGGUAGAGAGUAAAAUAAAGAAUCUCUAUUGGCGUUAGAAUAUUGAAGGAAUAUCGACUUUGACUCAUCUUUUAGAUGAUUAAAAGGGUAUAAAAAUAAAUCUCAUGUAAGGCCUCAAAAUUCAAAUUUGUUACAUCUUUUGUUAUUGUGAUAUUAUGCAAGUUUUUAUAUAUUUAUAUAUAAGAAACACUUAUUGUUAUGAAAAAAAUUAUUGCGAACUGGAAUUGGAUAGUUAGCAGGAAAGAUUUAUUUAGUAUGAUUAUGGUAUAUAUAACGUAUAGGAAUGUGUAUUAAAGGAGUAUAAAUGUUCCAUAACAGACUGUCAGUUUAAAGCAAUGUUAAAAAUCUUAAUACACUGUAAUUUAUGGCACCUGUUAAAAAUUAUUUUUGUUGCUUUGAACUUUGAUGAAAGCAGUAGAGAAAGAGACUUGCAAAGCCCAAUACAUACCUAUAUGUGUAGUUUAUACAACUAAUGCAGCAUACUUUGCAAGAGAUGUUAUUUGAUGGAAAAUAUAUCUCUCGCUAAUCUCCACUAAAAAUCAUAAAGAUGUAGAAUGUAUUUGUACAUUUUUUAUUUGUUCGAAAUAAUGUAGGUUUGUAGAUUUUACAAAUGCGAUGCGACUACAUAUAAAUUUGUUAUUGCGCUAAUUAUAUACAUAUUAUACUUCAACAAGUAAUAGCAAUCUUAAUUAUAGUAACAAUUUAUUGAAAAGAGAAUUUUAUGUAUGAAAGAUUUAAGGUUAUCUUCAGGUCUUUUUGUAAGUAUAUCAUAAAGAUUUAGUUACACAAUUUACAAGGACACUUCCAAAUUCGUCGUCAUGAUUACUUCAUCAUAAAACAUAUCAAAAGAUGUGAUGAAACAUAAGAAUAAUGCAAAUUGUUACAGUACAUCAAAACUUAUCAGAAUUAAGUCUUGAGAAAGAAAGCAAAUAGAAUUUUAAUAUUUUACAUUAAAAAAGUUAAGAAAUUAACAAGUAACAUUUCAUCAUAUGAUUCAAAUUGACCUGAAGAUAAGACAGCAGGAUGAGAGUAUCCUGAUGUAGCACUGUGUAAAUUGUAUAUAGAGAAAUGUAAGCCAAUUAUUUGAAAUGCCGUUAAGUACAACAUUGAAAUUAAGUUGUUACUCUUACGAGUACCCAGAUUUUUUAUAUAUAUUAUGUUAUUCUUUAUUAGUUUUGAAAGUUGCGCUUCUUUACACACUUAUGCAUAACAGAAUGUGUAAUGCUUUAGAGCUUUAGUUGCUUUUUUAAAACAGUAUUUUUAUUUAUAUCUCUCAACAAUCCACAAAAAAAAAUAUAUAUAUAAUCAUUUAUUUAAUUAUAUCAGAGUAUGCCAGUCGCUUAUUAGAUGUAUAGUUGUGACAUAUAGCAUUGUAAUAUACAAAAUAAAGACAAUUUAUUAAAAAGAAAAAGAGGAAUGCUUUAGAAAUAUUAUAAAAAAUCUAAGUUACAUCGAGAUCUAUAACAAGAAGAUAUCGUCAAUUUUAAAUAUCAAGUGGCAGUCGUAAGAGUAACGAUAAUUGUUGUUUAUGGAUAUCAUAAUGUAUCUAAGAUCCAUGUAUAAUUACAAUUGAAUUAUUUUUUAUGAAAUUGAUAUAAAUAACUAAAAAUAUAAAUAUGUCAAUAGUAAUUUUAGUAUAUGCAAGGUUUUUAAUUAACUUCAUCUUAAUCUAAUUUUUCUUGUGGAGGCAUGUGUAAAUGUAUCUUGGGAAGAAGCGCCAGUAUCUAAAAUAUAUAAUUUUGUAAUAACAAUUACAAUCAUUCAUUGUCAUUCUUGUCUCAGAAACUUCAAUUGUAAAUGAGUCAAUAUCUGUUAUAGAAAUUAAAUAUUUGGAAAAGUGCACUGGUCUUUUUGCUAACUGAAGUUUAGUAUGGCUAAAAGAAAGAAUGCAUAUCUUUUAUAAAUUUUGGGUAUUGAUCUUUCUUUUUCUAAGUAGACAUAUAUGUAUGCUUUCACAUAAAAAUAUAUAGUCUAUAUAUUAUAUAAAUCUAUAGUAUUAAUUGCAUAUUUAGUUAAAUAGUAAGAUAACAUGAAUAUAGGAGCCAUGGAUUUUUUCUAAUUACAAUGUUUAAUAACAAAUGUUAUUAAAAUGUGAUGAUGUUUAGAGACAUAGUUAAUGUAUCAUUAGAUUCCAAGAGAUAGAAUUUGUAGUAAAAAUUAUUUAUUUUCGAAUAAACGCACCAUCUAAAUUGUAAAAGUAGCAAAUCUUUGCAGCUCCAAUAUCUAGUAAAAUAUCGUGAAUUAUAUAUAACAUUUCUUCUUCGUAAUGUUCAAUUGUAAUAUUACAUGUAACAAGACUUAUAUUGCAUGCAAAAUGCAAUUAUUAUCAACAAAAUGAAACUCUGACAAUGUACAUAAGAUUAAAAGAGUUAUCCUAUUUAAAAAUACAUAUUUAUACACUUGCGUUUUAACAUUGAAAGUCUAAAAUUCUUCUAUAUUUUGAUGAGAAAAACAACUUUGCAUGUGUAAUUGCAUUAUAAUUGCUAACUUAUAAUAGCUACGUCACAUAGUAAUAUUACAAAUGCAACGUUACAAUUAACAUGGUGUACUACUAGAAAAAAAGAUGUUUUAGCAAAAACGUUUCUAUUCGUUAUGAAAAUAUGACGUUUAAUGUAAUAUUAGACUAGAAUAUAAAAUAUUGAAAAAGUAUUAUUUAACAUUGUAUACUUACACUUUAUAAACUUUUUUUAUAAUUACAAAUUAUUAUAUAUAAAUGUGCUUUUAUAUAUAUAAACACCCGGUGAACUUUAUAUUGUGUUAUACACUCAAUAAAGAAUACGUAUUUUACUUA